CGGCCCCGCGCUCCGCCGCCGCUCCGCCGCCCACCCCUCCGCCUGCCAGCCCGGGAGACCGCGCCGCCAGAGCCCGGCCGGGGCAGCUGCGGGCCGGGGGCGGGCCCUGGCCCCCACCAUGCGGGCCGAGCUCUGGCUCCUCGUGCUGGUGCUCAGGGAGGCUGCCCGGGGGCUGAGCCCCCAGCCCGGAGCAGGUCAGGAUGCAGGCCGAGGCUCUGGAGGGGCCGUCCAGGGGACCACCGUGCAGGGCUGGAAUCGGAGAGCCCGAGAGAUCCCUGGCCAGGUGUCGGAGCCGGACAGGACUCAGCUGAGCCAGGACCUGGGUGGGGGCACCCUGGCCAUUGACACACUGCCGGAUAACGGGACCAGGGUGGUGGAGGACAACCACAGCUACUAUGUGUCCCGUCUCUAUGGUCCCAGCGAGCCCCGCAGCCGGGAGUUGUGGGUGGACGUGGCCAAGGCCAACCAGAGCCAAGUGAAAGUUCACCGAAUCCUCUCCAACACCCACCGGCAGGCUUCGAGAGUGGUCUUGUCCUUUGAUUUCCCUUUCUAUGGGCAUCGUCUGCGGCAGAUCACCAUAGCAACCGGAGGCUUCAUCUUCAUGGGUGAUGUGGUCCAUCGGAUGCUCACGGCUACUCAGUAUGUGGCUCCUCUGAUGGCCAACUUCAACCCUGGCCGCUCCGACAACUCCACAGUUGCUUACUUUGACAAUGGCACAGUCUUUGUUGUUCAGUGGGACCACGUCUACCUCCAGGACCGGGAGGACAGGGGCAGCUUCACCUUCCAGGCAGCUCUGCACCAAGAUGGCCGCAUUGUAUUCGGCUACAAAGAGAUCCCUAUGCCCGUCCUGGAAAUCAGCUCGUCCCAGCACCCCGUCAAAGCAGGCCUGUCAGAUGCCUUCAUGAUUCUCAAUCCAUCCCCGGACAUACCAGAAUCUCGGCGAAGGACCAUCUUCGAAUACCACCGUGUGGAGCUGGACCCCAGCAAGGUCACCAGCGCAUCUGCUGUGGAGUUCACCCCGUUACCAACCUGCCUGCAGCAUCGGAGCUGCGACACCUGCAUGUCCUCAGACCUGAUCUUCAACUGCAGCUGGUGCCAUGUCCUCCAGAGAUGCUCCAGUGGCUUUGACCGCUACCGCCAGGAGUGGCUGUCCUAUGGCUGUGCCCAGGAGGCAGAGGGCGGGACGUGUGAGGACUUCCAGGACGAGGACUCCUCCUCGUCCUCGCCCGACAGCUCCUUCAGCCCCUUUGACGGAGACCUCACCACCACCUCCUCUUCCGUCUUCGUCGACAGCCUCACCACGGAAGGGAGACUUACUGGAGGCAGAGUAUAUCUCGGGGUCCAGGAAGACGUUGUGAAUGAAGGGGAUACAGCACUUCAGCCAGGGGGACCCACCUGGUCAGAGCAGAGUUGGAGAGCAGAGGAGUUAGUGAGAGCAGCUGCUGGAGGGCGUGUGGAGCCCUUCUGUCGCCAGCCAUCCAGAGGAAUGGAGAGGACCAGGGGAGCAGCAGAUGACACCAAGUUGAAUCCCUAUGCAGAAGGAGAGGGCCUUCAGAACAACCUGUCCCCCAAGACAAAGGGCCCCCCCUUGCACCUGGGCACCAUCGUGGGCAUCGUGCUGGCCGUCCUCCUCUUGGCGGCCAUCAUCCUGGCCGGGAUCUAUAUCAAUGGCCACCCCACCUCCAACACUGCGCUCUUCUUCAUCGAGCGGAGACCUCGCCGCUGGCCGGCCAUGAAGUUCCGCAGCCACCUUAACCACUCCACCUACACAGAAGUUGAGCCCUCAGGCCACGAGAAGGAGGGCUUCGUGGAGGCCGAGCAGUGCUGAGAGCUCCAGGUCUCCCUUGGAAGGGUAGGAAGGAAGACCCGGGGACCUCAGCAAACGUGAGUCAAAGCAAAGCAGAGAAGUGACUUUCCUUGGCCUCCUGUGAACACACCCUGGCUGGGAAGAUGAGCCCAUGGUCUGUGGUGCCAGAGCUAUAGUUUGGCCAUCACACCCCAACUAUUGAAGCAGGAGGCAGAAAAGCAACCACAUUGAAUUUUUAAGGAAGAGUAACCUAAUUUCAGCCUGUUUUGAUGCCAGGGGUCUCCCCUUCUGAGUCUCUCAAUGGUCUACUCUGUAGCUGCCUCAGAGGUCCCCUCCCACCUGGAGACGGCCAGAUGCCCUGCUCCGGUCACCUAACGCCCCUACAUAUGACACGAGAGAACCCAGCUCUAGACUGGGGCCGCUGUAUUCCAGGGUCCAUAGACUCAAGAGCUGGUCCUCAAGGCUACGGAUGCAGCAUAUUUUGCUCCAGCUUCUGUGCUCUGGAAGUCUGAAGAAGGAGUUCUCUCCAUCUGUUAAAACACAGGUAUGGCUGCUCCCAGCCCUUUUGGCAAGCCACUGACCGGCAUGCUGGCAUCAGAAGAAAGCCAAAUGAGAGAAGAAGGAACUUGUGGGAAGAUCGUAUUUUUAGGCUUCACUACCCCAGCUUGACCUUUCUGCUGAGAGCCAGUACUUCUGCAACAAACGUGUGUGUCGCUUGUGUUGCGGGCUUUAUCCAACUGCAGCCCAGCCCGGGCCUGGCAAGCCGUGCUGUGCAUGGCCGCGUCUACCCUGCGGGCUCUUCAUUCCAAUGGCACGUUUGGUGUCCACUGUAUUCACUGGCCUGGUCUUCUGUCAGUGCCAGUAAGUACCUCCAAAGGCAGGGCCUGCCUGAUUAAUAUUUUUCCUCCUCUGAGCUGGAAUUUUAUAGCCAUUAAAGAGAAACAAGGUGGAGAGAGGGCUUCUUGAAACAUACCCAGCAGGGAGCUUCAGUUGGAUUCUGUUGAAAAGCAAAGCCUCCAGAGGGAUUGGGAUAGAGGAAGCUGGUGUGGGAGAGAGGGACUUUAUACGUAAGACCUUGACCUGGAAAGUUGCUUGCAUCUCCCCAACUCUGCCGGAAGUUCUUGGGGCAGAGAGUUUAGGCUCCUAAACUUAACCUGGUUUUAAGGGAGUUCUGUCCCAGGGAUGAGUUGGGGUUGCUUCUGAAGAGCAUUUCAAGUGAAAACCUAUAGUUCACCCUCAUUCAAAGUAAAAAAACAUCCUCAGCAAAUAAAUAUUAAAUCACAGUCUCCACUUAGUCACAUCCUUUUGUGCAUGUCACCGGGAUGCUGCCAAAGAGGGAAGUUAGUUUAAAUACAAGGCCUCCUGAGGCGGGGGUAGGGAGUCUGCCAAUAACCAGGCACAUCCAAACACUGGGCUGAAGGUUUUCCAGAUGUUUCGUGGUUUAUCCUUGGUGAGGAUGGUAACAAUCAGAGUGGGAAACAUGCUGGACCUCGGCUAUCUAUAUGUAUUCUUCAUAAACCAGGCAAAGGAAUAGCUAUGGUUUUGAGAAAUCGUAUCAGAAUUUGCAAAAGUAAAAAGAUAACGCAGCGAAGAGAAUAGGAUUCUUUUCAAGCUUCUGAAGGACAGAAAGGUCUGAAACAGAACUCCCUUAAUGGGAAAAUUGCAGCCAGGCACUGAAAUACUCUAGGCUCCCAGCACUGCUGGCUGCCAGGAGGGUGAUUUUUGCCCUUGCCGGACCAGCAGAGCAACUAUAACCUUUGUGUGUCUAAAAUGGCCAGUGGGGCAGUCCCCACUGUGGCCAAAUGCAGUGCACAGCUCCAUGGAUCCCACUCCCAAACUCCAGCACACUUCUUCCCAAUGGGAGCUCUUCCGAUUGUUCUGAUUCCUGGAGGGGAAGAACACAAGAGUGAAGAAACGGGUGGUGGUGUCCUGAGGCCUCUGCCGGUAACACUGCAGGUAGGGAGAGAAAGCGUGAGGUAGCUCGGACCGGUCACAGCCAGCCUAGCUGGCGCCUGGGAUGACAGUGGUAAGGGCAGUGGAGCUGUUUGGCAGCAGGUAGCCUCGUUUGUUAACAGCAAAAAAGAACUAAAGAUGUGUCCCUGAGGGAGGUCCCUGGACACUAAGAGUCCCUCAAGCCACAACAAAGAGCUCCUAGGAAACAGCCAGCAACUCGCAGAGUGAACACUGGUUCCCAGAUAUCCUUAGGAUCUCUCACAAGAUCAAGCAUCUCUUAGACCCAGGAGUUUUACUCCAAGGUUUAGAGCGGGUUCUUUGGGUAACUAUAGAGAGUGACUCACCUGCACAGUGGGUGACCAGAAGGAGACAGGGGUUUCACGGUCAACCAGCAAAGUGGUACUUCUGUGCUGUGCUGAGCACAAUCAACCACAGAGAGCUUGCAAACUUCCGGUCCUCUCCACCCCACAGGCAGAUACAAUUACUGUGACAGGAAGCUUCAACCCCUUGAAACAGCUGUCUGUGUUGUACCCAGAAAUCAGAAGCUCUCAGGGAGGCUCUGUUUUACACCAGAACUCUUAAGAGAGCCAACAAGAAAAUGAGAAGAAGAAGAAGAAUGCAGAGGCCAAGUGUGAGAGGAGACCCCUGGAUCAGGCUGUGAGCACAACUUAGUUCCCCUUUAAUCAGCUGUCCCUAGAUUUGUGGAUCUGUCCAGUCAGGUCCCUGGGGCUUCUGAUUCUAGAACAUGGGUGCGUAUAAGCCCAGCCACCAACCCCAGUACCCAGAAAUGCCUCCGGAAGAGCAGAUGGGGUUUUUCAAGCUUGACUAACUGGCCGUCUCCCUUCCACCAUAAUUAGGUAUCACCAGCCACUCACCCCAGCUGGCCCCUGACUCUGGAAACUGCCUCUUCAGGUCUCAGCCUGGAGCCUGAGGUUGAAAAUGUCCUUUUGUCCCUGUUAGAGGUUCUCGGUGGGCCUAUGGAAACAAUCUUUAAAAUUUGUGUGUUUUGCCAGGGCUUGCCUGUGUCAUGUGUUCUUGUAUGUAUAUAUUUAGGUGUCUAUCUAUAUUUAUAGAUAGAUAGAUAGAUUAUUGCUAAAAACAUUGGAUGAGGCUUGUAGCUGUGCUCAGCCUGUAGCUUGUUGUAUUAUAUUAAGACAGUGGCGAAAGCUGCCAGCCAACCACACUAUGUGAAAAGAAGAGUGUUCACCACCAGAGCUGAUCGCUUAUUUCGUUGUGGGCAGAGCUAAGACUCCGUUCUCUGGGUACAGGAACAGAUAAGAGAUUUGCAUGAAGCACUGAUCAGGGGCCACACCCAGACUCCCUACACCAGGUGGAGUCACAAAUAAAAUCAGCCUCUCUCUCUCACCAUCUCCACCCUACCCCACCCCCAACGAAAAGCCACCUGAACUUACAGCACAGUUCGAAGGAUCUGGGAUCUGAGGGCACACUAGCUGUUCUAAAUGCAAUGUAUUCACAUAUUUAGCGUGAAAAUUCCUUGCACGGAUUUCAGUGUUAAUAAAAGGCAACGUUCAUUUA